UAGCGAGACCAGCGCCUCCUCCCUCAUCCAGAUCGCCCUCCCUGCUCUCUAAUAUGUUUGGGUCUAUCCUGGGUCCCUGCCGCUCACCCUCAGCCGUGUCCUCGGGAGAGGCAGUGAACCCUCACACCAUUUCCACAGUCAGCUCCAGCGGUCCCAGGCUGGUGCAUCCCGUUGCGCGCAGAGCACACUUUUCCAACACUUCUUCACGUUGCGCCUUCCGGAUUCCUCCAAAACAGACAGCCACCUACUUUACGACUCAAUAUGUUUCACGUGUGGGCGACAUGCGACCGGUGACAGGAGGACUCGGGGGAGUGGAAGUGCAGCAGGGAACAAGGACGAGUCUUGGCUCUCCCCCGAGCAGUUUACGCAAGGUGAAGCAGUAGAGGCUUGACUAUCCGAACGGCCGCGUUACAUGGAUUUAUUAACCAGCAGUCACUUAUGAUGUUACCCAUGACUGUCUGAGCUCUUGGUCCCUUCACUUCCCUCCCAAAAGUUCAGUGAGCGGAUCGUUUGGAGAGCGACAGGAUGGCUCCUCUGACCGGCUCAGCUGCGCACAAACAGACGCUCCUGUGGUUCAUCAUAGUAUCUCAGUGUGUGUCAGCGCUGGGGUGCAGCCCCGACUAUGAAUACGCUAUUGAGGAGUUCUGCCUGGCCAAAUUCAGACUGGACAUGCAAGAGCUGGAUCAGAGACGCUGGUGUAGCUGGGAAGACACAGUCGAACUCUACGGAGAACUAACCAACUGCACAUUCCUUGUGGCCUCGAAGAUGGACUGCUUCUGGCCUAACCGACUGGUGGACGAGUUCUUCAUCCGAGUCCACAGGCACUACUUCCACGACUGCUCGCUGUCUGGACGGCUUCUCAGGGACCCUCCAAACCGCAUCCUGGGUCCUUUCAUUGUUGUGCCCAUCCUGGUCACCCUCCUAAUGACAGCCCUGGUGGUGUGGAGAAGCAAACGCAGUGAGGGGAUUGUGUAGUGAAGGGAAGGAGGGGGGCCGAGACUCAAGACAAGAGGUACUUUUUGUCCCUUAGGUAACACCAUUCUCACCUUCUGUGACCAAAGGAUCUCUUCUUCUGAGUGUUCAUAUUUGGGAAAAGAGUUUGAAAGGGACAAAGAUGACUAUAUUACUGACUGGGAUAGAGAGCUGAAUGAGACCUUAGACUAGAUCCUGCUUCAGUAUAUCCGCACCAGCGUGAAGCCUUUGCAGCUCUCAUUUAUUGAUGCCCUCUACAUGGACUGACAUGUCUUUGGUUUACAGAACACAGGAUUUCUGAAAUGAUCACCUGCAUCUGAUCUGGACCAGAAUAAUGAAUGGAGAAAAGAUAUUGUAAAUAUAAAAAUCACUUUAUUGAGAGAAACUGCUUGCAAUUAAAUUGGAAUGUGAUGACAACGCUAUUACACAUGCAAGAAUUUAACAACUAUUUUUGGAAACCAUGAGUAUACCAUCACCAUUCACAGCAGACAGCUCGACAGGAACAGAACCCACGGCUUACUUGGUGAAGACACAGCAGGACGGAUGCUCAGACCUCUUAGUGAACCCAGGGAUAUGAAUUUUCUGUGCGCAUACAUGGGAUAUACUGUAAAUAUAUAGUGUGUACAAUGUGAGAUUCAUCUGUCAGUGGAUUGUACGAUUUUGUGACACAAUCAAGACAAAUCGCAGUACCCUAAAUUAUUGUCUCUCAGUUGAAAAUUUUGCAAUUUCAUGUGCUGAUUUUGACAGAUGUUUAUUGUAUUUGAAUCAUUUAGUGGAGUCUGAAUCAUGCAGAUCACUGUCAAAAAAACACAAUAUGGAGGGAGUAGAAUUAGUUUUCAUUUCCUUUUCUCUGCUCAUAUCAGACAUCUUGCAUGUCCACAUUGUCUCGACACACCUCCAGCUCAGUCUCUGUCUUGAAUGGGAAAUAAAAACAUUUCUAUAGUAUAAUAUGCACUGUACCAACUGAAAAAAAUGCAGGAAAGGAUGCAACAGGCAGAAGAUUGACAGAUGCUUUCAACAAAUGAGAGAAAGUAACAAGAGAGGGAUUGAGACCCCAAUUUGGAGAUGCUUUGUGUGAUUUUGUGUUCUGCAGUUCCCAACCUGCUUUACCAAGGCAGCAAAAAUGUUGGGAAAAAAAUGAAAGAGAAGAAAAAGACCACAGUUCCAACUACAGAGAGAACAUAAAGCAAUGGGUUAAGUUAGCCAACGCACAUCCCUGCUGAACGUUGCCAUAGCCUAAAGCACAGUUUGUGUAUCAUGGAUCUUAGGUUUCUAUUGAUUUGUGAUCUCCCAGCGUGGUAGAGUGUGCUGUGUGAACUGCUACUUCAUUGAUAUUUUUGAAUGCUCUCUUUCCUUUAUAGAUUCAUUGACCUGUAACCUGCCUGUCAGCAAAACACACUUUAAAACACACCCACACUUCCCCAACAUGAUCUUACUUUGUACUUUGUGCCAAAAGCUCUUGGAAAAUAGAGGGCAGUGUUUGCUAUGACUUGUCUAAUUUUCUGUUGGAGUGUCUUCUGAUGAUUGAUUUUAAAAAUCAAUGAAUGAAUCAUGAAGAUAAAUAAAAUGUCUGGUUGAUGUGUCUAUUAUGCUCAGGGUUGGCACUUACGGACUGGUGACAAAUUAGAGGAGCUGAUUAAAUGAGUGUGAAAGUGCUACCACAUAGGUGCACAUCAUGGUAAGAUUAAGCAAAGGACAUCCAGUCAUGCUAUGUGGCAUGUAUAAAAAUGAUUACUGGGUCUAUCUGAUUCUGAUUUAGUAUCAAGAUGUCAAAAGAAAAAGAUCAAUGAGAUUUUGACAAAGGGUUUAUUGUUGGGGCAACGAUGGCCGGAGCUUCAGUCACAAAGGCAAAAAACAAAAGAGCAACUCUUUCUCGAUUGAAUAAAAUGUUAUUCCAUGACAUGAUCAGCCUGAGUUCACCGACGAUAGCAUAUAGAGGGAUACUACCGUAACAUGAAGCCCUCUUUACAAAAAGGCAUCAUUUGAGAUGUCAUUAAUGCACCAUAACUGACCUACAGAAAUGUGGAAAAAAAGUGAUUUGAUCAGAUGAGUCAUUCUUCGCCAUAUUCUCAGUACGUGAGUGAGUGCAAGUGAAGCAGACACUAAGAGAACAGUAGAGGUCUGAAUGCUGGAUUUUGACAAUGACGGCCUUCUCGAUCACCAGAUCUCAUCUAAACGAACACCUGUGGGAGAUUUUGCACCAAAAUGUUAGACAGCACUCUAAACACCAUCACGAAAAUGCCAAAUGAGUGAAUGUCUCUUGGAAGAAUUGUGUUUAUUUCUCCAUUAGAGUUCCUGAGACUUGGAAAAUCAAUGCAAGGAGCCCUGAAGCUGAUGUUGUUGGCCAAUACUUUACUCAGUAAUUAUGUGCACUUUAAAUUCAAUUUGUCACCAGUCUAUAUGCAUCUUAUGAGAUAGAAGUGCAAAAAUCUUUUUGCCAUGCAUCUUUUUUUUGGUCAAACUUUAAUCACAAAUCCUACAUUAUGACUUGAUGCAUAUGAGAAUGCUAUGUUGAGUCCUAGUGAAUGCACCUGGUUCAAGCAUUUGUGUUUUUUACUCAAGUGUGAAAAAAAUCUGAGAACCAAAAACUGUAUGUAGCAAAGUGCAAACAAAAGAAAGACUUCUUAUCGAUAUUUAUCCUGAGUCAUUACUCGUGAAUGUAGUAAUCCUCACUUACCAUUUCACAUAGAAAUAUUGAAGAAUAUCAAUAUCGACUGAAAAGAACAACAGUAAACAAAGAUAUUGUAUAUAUAUAUGCAAUAUUUGCAUAUAUGGCAAUCUCACAGGGCAGGGCAAUGAGAAUCCCAACCAUCCCUGUUCUUUCUUUGCUUCUUAUUUGAUGGAAUUAAUCAAAGACAAGCCUCAAUCUUAAGUUGUUUUAGAUAAAUCUAGGUCAAGUGACAAGUUGAGUCAUAUACCCAAAAGUCAUGUAUUAAGCCACUUAAGGCAAGUCCAAGUGAGGUCUAAUUCAAAGUAAAAUAUCAAGUCUUUCAAGAUGAAAACAAGUCAAAAUCAAGUUGCAAGUCAUUCAACACAAGCCCAGGUGACAUCCCAAGCCAUGAGAGACAAGUCCAAGUGUUAGUUACAUGUACAUGUGUCUUUCAAGCCAAGUUUCAAGUCCAGACUGAAAGAUAAUUUAAAAUCGGAAUUCUGUCUUGUCCUGAAGAGAACAACGCAAGAUGUGAAGAAGAAAUGUAAGGUCAUGAGGAAAGACAACCACAGCACUAGCAACCCUUUGUACAGGAUACAUUAGUGUAUCAUCUACCAGAGAAUCUGACCAGCUCUUACUAUGAUUGCAUCUUAAACACUCAUGGGGUAUUUCACUCAAACUCUUCAAGCAAAAAAAAUAUUCAGCUGCAGUCAUUCUCAUGACUACUGCUGUGUCACAACACUGUACAUAGUCUCCAUAGGACUGAUUAGAGGAGGACUUUUAUUAUCAAUUCAGUUUGGAAUGUCAGAAUGAGACUUGCCCUGCUGCUCUUUUCACCCAAUGCCAUAUGUACAGCACUCUUGUCGCUUCCUUUUAUUUAAAAAUGCAUCGGGAUGAAAAACAUUGACUAAUUAAACCUCUUCACAGCACUGUGUGGGCAUGAACAAAUUGGUUACAUCAGUUAGGGUGGGACAAACUAAUAUUUUUCAAUGCCAUGAAUGCAUAAAGCGACCUCACAUAAUUCCCAUAAUAGCUCCAACCACCUUCAACCUGAGCAGGGGUCUAAUCGGCCAGAGUGAUUGAAAACACUUGUGUGGGUUUGCAACACACCUGCUGUUUGUGGUUCCACCGGUAAUUGAUUUGACACCUUUUCUAAUUUGGCACUUUCAUUGCUUUUCAUUCAUUCAACAACCCAUCCCUUUUACUGCUGCCAAGGAUAGAAAAUGAAAAGCCCUCAUUUGUCAUAUUAUUUGACAUCUGCACCAUCGUUCCUCACUAAGUGCCCUAAUGCUACGUAACAUGAUGUUCAGCCAAAUUCUUUUCCGUGUAGCAGCAACCUUCCACUCGUGUUAAAACUGAAAAAGAGUUGAGAGUGUGGGCUUUUUUGAUGCCACAGCAGUUCAUCAUGGUAAGAACCACCCACUAAUGCCCACAAGCAAACAGGAAGUCAUGAGAAUCAAACUGAAAGCAAAUUACAAAUGGACAUUAGAUUGACUUGAGAAUAUAGACAUGCUAACACGAUGUGUUAUGCUAAGCUAGGACAGUGGUUAACGUGAACAAGUCGUUCUUGUGUUUUGCUGGAUAUCAUGAAUUAUCAGUGACUCAGCUUAUUAGCAACUGCCACCACACAAACAGCAUGAACAACACAAACAUGACCACAUACAUUAAUUGGUUGUGGACAUGAUGGUGCUCUUAAAUGUGCAGUCAGUUCAGCAUUUCUCCUUCUCAUCAGCACCAACAUACAGCAUCCGAACCUCUGCUUAAAACCUGCCUACCCUUCCUCGACUCAUAAGACUAUGUGUCCAUAUUUUAAUGUAGCAAAACUGAACACCCCAUGACCACCACCACACCCACACCCCGACCAGAUACCGAACACUGUAUGGAUUGUUUCAUGUCUAUACAUAGUUUUUAAUCUGGACUAAAACAUAUUUGACUGGUAACCCCUCUAAAAGUUGCUUGUAGGUGGAAAUUUGAGUGUAUCUGCCCUGUGUCUGCACUGCACAGGUGUUCCCACCCUGUCACCCUGUGAAAGACUCCAUCCUCCUGCCAUCCAGGAUAGGUGCUAUAGAUACAGUGAUGCAUAGAUAGUAGCAUCAAUCUGUCUUAAACCAUAUUCAAACCAGCCAUAGUAGUUUAUUUGUAGCUAAUCUAGGCUACAAUCUCUCAAUUUCUUUUUUGUUUUAAGGUCAUUGACACUCAUCUCUGGGUAUUUUCCUGUGAAAAUAAUUUCUUAUUUCUUGCAUUCAAAUGGCUUGGAUGGAAUUUUACACUUUUGAUUUCUCUAGAGCAUGUAGAGCUAUGAAGUCCCCACCCCUAUCUCCACCCACCCCUCCAUUGUUAGCUGCAGCUCAAGCACACCGGUUCACCCAGGACUCGGUUCAUAUACCAUAGAACUACUCCACAAUAGCAAAUUCUAGAACGGCCAAACAUUCAGAAGAAGAAGAAUGAUAUAGAAAGCCCCACAUUGCGAGUUGACAGGAUUGGUUCCUUACGUUUGUGGCAUAUGAAACCCAGAAAUCUGCAUCUGUGCAUUUGAGAACAUCAUCGGUACACUGCAGUUUCAAUUUAGAAGUGCAAAGCAAUGGCACUGACUGCUUAUUUCACUUAUGAUGUGUCUUCUGCUGUUUAAAAGUUUGCAGUCGCCCAGGCAAUUUCAUGUUGUUCAUGAAAACUCACACUUUUAUUUAUGUUCUACCAUACCUGUACAAGAGUUUCCUGAUCAUCAAUUAGCCUUUUAGCACGAUUAGCUAACACAAUGUACUAUUAGAACACAGGAGUGAUGGUUGCUGGAAAUGGGCCUCUGUGCCUCUAUGUAGAUAAUCCGUUAAAACUCAGCCAUUUCCAGCUAGAAUAGACAUUUACCACAUUAGGAAUGUCUAGACUGCAUUUAGGAUUAAUUUAAUGUCAUCUUCAUUUGAAAAAAUAUAAUGCUUUUCUUUCAAAAAUAAGGACAUUUCUAAGUGACCCUAAACUUUCGAAUAAUAGUGUGUACAUGCUCACAAUAAAAAAAAAGAUAUUCAGGAUUUGUCUUAUAACAAACAUAGCAUCCUAUGAAGGUAAAACAAAAGUUUAAUUAGAUAUGUUGGUACUGUGAAAUACAACAAGUUUUAUGAGAUCAAGAUGAAGUUCUCUUGCAAUAAGUAGAAAAUGUAUCCUAACAUGAAAAAUAUCAUUUUAUAAUGUAAAAAGGAUUAUAAAAAAUGUGACAAGUUGUACUGUAUUAUUUACUAUCCUUGCAAAUCAUUUCAUGGUCGUUCUGUACAUGCCACUUCACAGCUCUGAGUGCAGGCCAGUUUGGAUGACACUUCUUGACUGUCACAUAUUAACUGUCACAUCUUGUCAUUAGCACGAACGACAAAGGUUAAUAACAUAUACAAGGCCUAAUGCUGAAAAGGUAAUGAUACAGGAAUGCAAGCCUCUAAUGCAUUUUUAAGACUGUCAAGGACUUGCUUCUAGACAUAGCCUUCUCCACCUACUCUAACUGACCUCAUUAAAGAGUUGACCGUCCCUGGUGAAUAAUUUAUGGAGGAGAAAGGCUACCUGAGGAGAUUCAGGCGGCGAAUCCACACGUGACCGCGAGGGCAGCAGAUAUCGUGACACUAGCACUGCUGCACAAUUCACUUAUUAUUAUUUAAUAACCAAGGACAGUGAGUGGGUUGAGGUCAGGGAGGUUGGGCUACAAGUUACAAAAAACAUCCCAAAAUAUUUGCCCCAAAGCGUUUUCCUUGUGUCUUAUUAGUGUGAAUAUGGUAACAUGAAACAGUCAUAAACCCGUCUGGGUGUAGUUCAACAGGCUAAGAUGAACAUAGGACAGUGGAUAAAGAAUUGAUAAACAGCAUGAGUCCUGUGCCUUGGGCUGUGUUGUUAUUUUUCAAGGUACUGAGACUCCAUCAUUAGAAAUAAUACAGUGAGUGUUGCACCUUUUAAGUGAAAAAAAGGAUGAAUAAAAAAAAAAAACACUGAAUCUAACAAUCCAAGCUUGAAAGGAAUAUGUAAAGUACAUCAGUGAAAAAAGUCCAAGUAAGGAGAAAAGUUUUCAGUAUUGAGCUCAUAUAAUGACAUGAUUCAUAGCAUAAUGCUCUAGAAAAAAUCAAAGUUGAAUUUAUUUGCUUGUUUCACACACACGGAAAAGCAAAAACAUGGAAUCAAAAUCUUAAACAUUUUCCAAGCACCCACUUACAUUCCCAAUGCCGUAAAACAUGUGGGCUCUGUAUGCAACAGACAUUUUAUGACUUAUAUUUCAUGGCUUUCAUACUUCUACUUCUCCUCUCUGCUCUGUGCAAACAACCUGAGGUUCAACCCAGUGCAGCUGAAAACACCUGAUUUUCACUGCACCAAGGAGGUGGAGCCUUCAUGGAAUUAUAUGACGAUGGGUGUACAUUUGUCUGUCCGUCUGUUUGUUAGCACCAAUACUCGAAAACGAAACGGAUUUGGAUGAAAUUUUCAGGGAAGGUCAGAAAUGACACAAGGACCAACUGAUUAGAUUUUGGCAGUGAUGCAGCUUAUAGUCUGGAUCCACAGAUUUUUUAAAAGAUUUUCUGUAUUUUCUGGCAGUUUUUUUUUUAAAUAGAAUCUUGUUCAAGCUAAUUUUUAAUUUUUAAAUGAGACAUGUAGAUUAAGCUGAUCUUGAUGAAAUAUUUCAAUUAUAUCAUGAGAUUUAGUUACUUUUCCCAAAUAAAGAGCCCGGAUAAGUAGCUUAAGGUCUGUUGUAAAGUUUAUAACCCGAUGAUUGUUUUAUGUCGUUGAGACAACAUGACUCUUAAACCCACUGACAGGGUUUGGGGUUUAGAGGACUACACUUGCUCAGAUGUAACUUUGCAUUGUUACUUCCUUUAGAAUGUUCAGGUCUAGGAAGUCCCUGCCUCUUUCUCCACUCUCCUUCUGACACAACAAGCAACAGAGUAAGAAAAGGGUGAAAUUAUCAAUGUGUACUCAAGAUUUCGUGGUAGUUUCAUCAGUAGAUUUAUCAAGUCACAACAUCUAAUGAUUUUAGUUGAAUUUAUAUUUUAUUUUUUUCUUACAUUUUUGUCAUAAUAUUAGAUAAUUUGUUUUUAUAUUAAUUGAACUGCUGCUUGCCUGUCCUGCAUAGUGGUGUUUUCUUUCACUGUACCUCCAUUUAUUAAUCAGAUGGACAUAAUAUUUCCUGUCGUAUUGAUACCUGGUUUAUACAGUGACAUUGUAUAGAAAGUCUGCAGUGCGAGACUGACCUGAUGAAACUCGAAAGAAGAGAUAGCACAAAAUGAAAGGAACAAAGACACUCACAUCCAUGCACACAUAAGUUCUCUUCUCAGCAGAGCAAUUUAACAGCAGACAAAUGCCCAGACUCAGCAAAGUAACGGAUCUCACAGUGGAAACACGCACCGGGGCUGGAUCGGCUCUGAUUUUCAUCUUCUGUGGAUUGAUUGUGUCUUGUCUUUGAAGUAUAAAGAUCUCCAACCUCU